AUGCCCCGCUCUUUCCUGGUGAAGAAGAGCAAGAGAUGGGGAACGCGUUCCCCGCGGCCCGCCGAGGACUCACCCUACCUGGGAUCAACGGAGUGGUUUGUCCCCAUUAAACCAAUACCACUUCCAGAUGAACCAGAGACGAAGACGCAGCCCAGUUCUCCACCAUCACAGCAAACAUGCGCCCAGCAGUACCCUGGCAGCCCCUGGGGCACAAACUCAGCCGUUCCUGAUGACGGCCUUCCUGUGUUUCCAGCGCUCUGGUCCUCAUAUUAUCCGAGUAGCAGCCCAGAGUGUGCACAGACUGAACUGGGCAGUCUCAUUAAGACAUGCCUGCAGAGCACCAACCUAGACACAGACAUUCACUGUUCUCAGAUCAGUCCAAACAGGCACAGCUCCGUCAAGCACUGCCCCCUCUGUGGAAAGAUUUUCUCCUCCGUCACUGGGCUGGAAUCUCACGUGUACAGAGCUCACGGCAGCAGACACAGACCCCCUCUGACGUACCGCAAAAACGGUGAACAUGGGGCACAACCCAGAGUCAAGGAGCGUGUAUUUGAGUGCAAGGUCUGUGGGAAGCUUUUUAAACGCUCCUCCACGCUGUCCACUCACCUGCUGAUCCACUCCGACACACGGCCGUACCCCUGUCAGUACUGCGGCAAGAGGUUCCAUCAGAAAUCAGACAUGAAGAAGCACACGUUCAUUCACACAGGAGAGAAGCCGCACGUGUGCGCGGUGUGCGGGAAAGCCUUCAGCCAGAGCUCCAACCUGAUCACGCACAGCCGAAAACACAACGGCCACCGGCCCUUCAGCUGCCCCUGCUGCCACUUCAGCUUCCACCGCAAGGUCGACCUGAGACGUCACCAGGAGCAGCAGUGCCCCGGCCGGCGCUGCGCCUCCGAGAACUGA